GAGCAGAUAUUGCCUAGCGCUGCUCCAUCCACAUCGCAUCAGCUCGGUCACAUUCCACCCACAUUAUCAACGUUGCAUUUGUCUUCGACUAGGCUGCUGCAUCCGUACCCGAGCGGCUCAGAUACACCCCAGCAGCGGGUUAUGUCCGCAGCCAGGUGGGCUACGCGCGCAUUUGACCGGCACCAGCUAGAGCCACAACAGCUGGGCCACAUCAGCAACCGCUGGGCGGGUUCCGUCUUCGCGGUCGAAAGUGACACGUGCGGAUGCCCUUGGAUCCUGCGUCGACAGGAAUCCGGCCGCUGUCUCCACGUCCUGCGCUACGCUGCUCGUGUCCCAUGGUAGUCCACCCCUCUCCUAGCCCCCACCAAUAAACUUGCUCCCCUUCUGCCGGAGCCCCGCUUCCGCAGAUUCCCAGAAACCUCUGCUGCCGUUUGCCGCUGGAAUGGGCUGUCGGCUUUCCGGCGUGUGGCUCAGGGAUGGCAUGGAGGGAAACGAGCAGGACCUGUCCCAUGUUAGCCAAUGGCAUGAACUCCAGACCCUUGGCAGCUACGGGCAGACAAUCGUGCAGAUGGAGGAGCAGAGGGGGACCUCGGACUGCAGUACUCAGACAGAACGCCUAUGGGAAACCCUUAGGGGCCAGGGGAUCAUAAAGAGUCCCACCCCGCUCCUGCAUACCUGCACCGACAGGGCCUGCUGCAGUCAUGUGCUUCUGUCAGGUGACCACUACCUCCCCACGAUCUCUCAAGACAUAGACGCCCCGUACAGUCUGCCGUACCAAGAUCCCAGGCAGCUGAGUGCGAUACCAAAAGGGCAGCACUGUCUCAUGGGUUGCUGCAGCGCCAAUCUGGAAGAACCUGUCCCUUUCCUGACACAGCCAGAGAGUGGAGAUGUGAUGCUAGAGCCCCCUACUGCACACCAGCUGCUCCUUCAUGAGCUGGAUAGCGGCCUGGGUUGCACUGAUGGCAGCUUCCAGCAGGGGGAUCUGUCUGGAAUGGAGACGGAGGAGGAUGGCAUGGAGGAUGGCACCAGCCACUUCGGUUCCUCUUCGUCCGAGUCCUUCAUCUCGUCUGAGCUCAGCGACUCCGGGUUCUACAGCGUCAGGACGGGCGAGUUCCGCCGCUUCCAGAGGCUGCUGGAGAAAAAGAUCAAGCUGUACCGUGCCAGGAUGGGGCCACACAGGGAGUCCCAGUGCAGCCGCAGGGAGCUGGAGUCAAUCCCUGAGACACUAACCUUGCAAGCCCUGGAAGUAUACCACUCCCCUGGUGCACACCAGAGAUGCCCAGCUGGGGGGACCUUACCCAGCAUCAGGAGUCCCGAAAGCCCCUGUUGUAACCGAAACAGCCCUACGGCGGUUCCACCAGUGUGCUGCAACCCAUCCUGUCAGCAGAGAGUUCCACCCCAGCAUGCCCCCAAGGGUCUCAUGAGAAGGAGUAGCACCCUGCACUGCUGCACAUGCCAGGUUAGUGACAGGAGGAGAGCAAGCCACCCCAUAUCAGACUGCUACGUCAACUCCGCGAUGCACCGCUGCCCCAGGGUCAGCGCAGAACUCCCUCAUGGAGAAGAUCUGGCCCAAAGAAGCCAGAAACACUGGAAGGUCAGCGUCAUGCAGCAAGAAAAAGAUCAACAGAGUGUUUUGCCUGGUGCAGGGUGCAGCGGUGAAGGCCCCCAACCUAGCAGCUCUGAGGUGGUGAGCAGGGCUCCUUCAAACCAGUGGUCAGAGCAGUGGUUUCACACGAUAGGACACUCGCAGGACAUCCACGAUACUUGGCCAAAAUCUGUGAACCGCUGCAGAGUGAGGGCAGGACCGUACAGCACCCUGGACAGCCACUCUCCCUUCCCAACGAAAAGCACGAGCAGCAACCCCCGAGCUCUGCGCAACCAGCUUCUCCGUGAACGUGCGUCGCAGCUGGCGGACGAGCGCGGCGGUGUCACAACCGAUGAUGAGACCCACGGCGAGGCGACAGCCGGUCGCUACUGCAGCCGGACCGAGCGGCGGCAGCAGCUGCAGCUGGCGCGGGAGCAGCGGCUGCAAGCGCUGAGCCGCGGUGCCGGAGCGGCGGGGCCCAACGUCCUGCUGGAGCUCAGCCACCGCAAGCUGAGUCGCCUGCGGAACCACAAGAUGCUGGACGACUGGACUACAGUGCAGGAGCUGCUGACCCACGGAACUAGGAUGGGCAGCAGGGAGGAUGUUCUCUGCCCUGGAUCGCUGCUGUCCGUGACCACGGUGUAACCGGUCAAAGUGAACCUCUGACUUUAUGCAAGUCAGCAAGUCCAUCAACACAACAGCUCUUUUCUUCUGAAUUCGACGCACUGAAUUUCCUACGAAAUAUGCUGCAACACAGAUAAUUUAUGAGGGGCCAGUGUUUGAGUUUCUAUCGCCUUGAAGCACAGGCUUGUCUGCUCUCUAAUGAAAGAUUUGAACCCACCAGUUAAGAGAGACUUUCAACCAGGGCAAGAACAUUCUGUUCACGGUAUUUUAUACUCUUUCACAGCAAUGUCCUGUUGUGACUGAUUUAUUUGUACUGAUCCUGAUAUAAAAAAAUAUAAUUUCCUGCAUUAUUCACAAUUCAUCUGAAGAUGUUUUGGUAAUUGCAUUAGCUGUUUUUCACGAGAGAGGCUGAACCUAUAUUUGCAUACCGAUGUAAGUUUACAGUGGUUUUCAGUCUGUCAUAUCUCCUAUCCUCUCUGUUAAGCUAUAUAUUUUAAGUAAUUUUUUUCCUGCUCGCAAGACACCAAGAUCUGUCAGAUCUAUUUUUAUUACGCUACAAACGCAUUCCAUCACACUAAAUAUUUGGAACCAGAAUUGUUUACACUUGAAGCUGUGUUUACUGGUGAAAACAUUGCUGGAAGACAGGUAGAUGUGAAGGUAUUUUUAGCCAUGCUUUGUGGUCUCCUGUGAUGUUCAAGCUUCUCGGGCCCCACAGAAAGUGAUAAUGAGAAUGGCUGUCAUAUGCUGUGAAAGAACGGGAUUCAUUUGCAGUACAUAACAGAAUUUAUCCUCAAAUCAACAUCUUCAGAUGAAGAACAUUACAUCUACACUUUUCCAAAUCUGCAAAUUACGUAGGACUAAACCAGCCUUGACUUGAGAACAUUUUCCACUAUGGAUCUAUGGCCAUAGUUAGUCCAGUUCACCCCUUUGGUGGAAACAGUCUC